UCAGCCCCUGUCUCUCCCACUGAGCGAGUACAGAAUCUUCCUCCAGGAACAGACCGAGCGUGGAGCCGAGCAGGAAAGGCGGCCGGGGCCCUCUCCACCCACUGAAAGGCCAGACGGGCAGCGGGCAGAAGCCCCCCGACCACUUCGCUGAGGCUCCCGGCUCUUGGCCCCACCUCCCAUCCCCAUGACCUUCAAUGACAUCCUCUUGCAGGUGGGAGGGGUGGGCCGCUUCCAGUGGGUCCAGUUCACCCUGGUGGUCAUCCCGAUGCUGCUGCUGGCCUCUCAUAACACCGUGCAGAACUUCACGGCCGCCAUUCCCGGCCACCACUGCCGCCCACCGCCCUCCGCCAACCUGAGUGGAGACGGCUCAGGAGCGGAGGAGCUGCGGGCCUGGCUGCCCCGGGAUGAGCAGGGCAGGCCGGCUUCGUGCCGUCGCUUUACCGCCCCCCAAAGGGGGCUACACUGGUCCAACGGCACGGGAUCCAAUGCCACUGGAGCCACCGAGGCCUGCCUGGACGGCUGGACCUAUGACCACAGCACCUUCCCCGCCACCAUUGUGACCGAGUGGGACCUCGUCUGCGGACACAGGGCCCUGCGCCAACUGGGCCAGUCCUUGUACAUGGCGGGGGUGCUCAUCGGGGCGUCCGUGUUUGGGAACCUGGCGGACAGGCUGGGCCGCCGGAAGAUCCUGAUCUGGACCUACCUGCAGACGGCCGUGGCGGGCGUCGGCUGCGCCUUCUCUCCCAACUUCAGCAUCUACUGCGCCCUCCGGUUUCUGACGGGCAUUGCCCUGUCUGGCAUGGCGCUCAACAGCCUUACACUGAAUGUGGAGUGGAUGCCCAUCCAUACCCGGGCCACAGUGGGCACUCUGGUUGGCUAUGCCUACAGCAUCGGGCAGUUCAUCCUGGCAGGCUGUGCCUAUGCGGUGCCCCACUGGCGCUGGCUGCAGUUCCUCAUCUCUGUACCCUUCUUCUUCUUCUUCCUCUACUCCUGGCUCUUCAUUGAAUCUGCCCGAUGGCAUGCAUCCACCGGCAGGCUGGACCUGACGCUCCGGGCCCUGAAGAAGGUAGCCCGGAUCAAUGGGAAGCAGGAGGAAGGGGAAAAGCUGAGCGUGGAGGUGCUCCAAAUAAAACUUAACAAGGAGAUUAACCUUGCCAAGAGCAAAUAUAGCGCCAUGGACUUGGUGCGCCUGCCAGUGCUCCGAGGCCUCUUCAGCUGCCUCUCCCUGAUCUGGUUUGCCACCAGCUUUGCCUACUAUGGGCUAGUCAUGGACCUGCAGUAUUUUGGAAGCAACAUCUACCUCACCCAAGUGAUCUUUGGGGCAGUGGAUUUGCCGGCCAAACUCAUAGGCUUCCUGGUCAUUAACUACAUUGGCCGGCGCCCCGCACAAAUGGCCUCCCUGCUGUUGGCUGGCAUUUCCAUCUUGGUCAAUAUACUGGUGCCGAAAGACUGGGGGAUCAUGAGGACUUCCCUGGCGGUCCUAGGGAAGGGUUGUCUGGGGGCCUCCUUCAACUGUGUCUUCUUGUACACUGGGGAGCUCUAUCCCACUGUAAUUCGGCAGACAGGACUGGGCAUGGGCAGCAUGAUGGCCCGGGUGGGCAGCAUCAUGAGCCCUCUGGUGAAUAUGACCGGAGAGCUCUAUCCUGCAUUGCCCUCCCUCAUCUAUGGAGCUGUCCCCAUUGCUGGGGGUGCUGUCACCUUCUUUCUGCCGGAGACUCUCAACAUGCCCUUGCCGGAAAGUGUGGAAGAGCUGAAGGCCAAGAAUCAUGGGAAGAAGAAACAGAAGGAAGCAGGAGAGCAGACGAUCCCCCUGCAAACCCUGAGGAAGGAUGGACCCUGAGGAUGGAUGGAUGGCGAGGGAGCUGAUCUUCAGAGGGUCCUGUCCAUUCCUCCUCCUCUCCCUGCUCCCUAGCAACAAGAACUGCUUCCGAUGGAGCCUGAAGCCUCCUGGGGCAGGGCUGAGUUGGACCAAGAGUGGAGAGGAAAACCAAAGGGACCUGAGCCUGGAACAGGAAAAUCCCGCCCUUAAUCCAGCUCCCAGAUGGCCCCUCAUCCUGUGCUCCCCUUGCCCAGAUGCUGCUCUGGGUCCUAUUAUUAAAAGAUUUGCCAGUGUCUGUA